AUGGCGCUGAGCAAUAACAUCACCGCCAUCGUAAACUUCGUCGCCCUGCUCUGCUCCGUCCCCAUCAUAGCCUCCGGCAUAUGGCUCGCCGCCCAGACCGACAACGAGUGCAUCCACUGGCUCCGGUGGCCGCUCGUCGUCCUCGGCCUCGCCUUCCUGCUCGUCACCCUCGCCGGAUUCGUCGGCGCCUACUGGAAGAAGGAGGGCCUCCUCGGCCUCUACCUCGUCUGCAUGUUCAUCCUCAUCGCCCUUCUCCUCUCGCUCCUCGUGCUCGCGUUCGUCGUCACGCGCCCCGACGGCGCGUACCCGGUCGACGGGAUGGCCUCUCGCGAGUACAGGCUCGGGGGUUACUCGUCCUGGCUCAGGGACCGGAUCGCCGACAGCGACAGCUGGCGGAGGAUAAGGGCGUGUUUGGCGGAUUCCCAGAUCUGCUCCAAGCUCGCCGGCCGGUACGUCUCGGCCGCGGAUUUCUUCGCGGCGGAUCUUUCGCCGAUUGAGUCGGGAUGCUGCAAGCCUCCAGUGAUGUGUGGGCUGACGUACUCGACCCCAACAACUUGGGUGGGGACGCCAAACGUAGCAGCCAAUCCCGAUUGCGCCAUCUGGAACAAUGACCCCAGCCAGCUGUGCUACAGCUGUGAUUCGUGCAAAGCGGGCCUGCUCGGGAACUUGAGGCAUGAAUGGAGGAGAGCAAAUGUGAUACUCAUUAUAACAGUGGUCGUCCUAAUUUUCUUGUAUGUUAUAGCUUGCAGUGCCUACAAAAACGCCCAAACCGAAGAACUUUUCCGCAGGUACAAACGAGGUUGGGCUUAA